GUUGCCGCCCAGGCUUGUUUAAAAAUGGAAGACGAACGAUGGCAAAGAAAAGAAGUGCCGGUAAAGAAACAGAGAAACCUCGUUGCAAGGUUUGCGAACGAACGUUUUCGAGCCCGCUGUCGCUGAGAGAGCAUGAGGCACUCCACGAUGGUCGGACGUUGUAUAGCUGCACUUUGUGUGGACGACCAUUUAGGCAAAGUACGGGGCUCUGGCGCCACCUUCGAACUCACAAGGCAGCCAAGGACGCUAGCUCAGCAGUCCGCUUCACAUGCCCUACUUGCGCUCGACAAUUUGCUCGCCGGGAUUACCUGAGGUCCCAUCUGAGCAUGCACACUGGCGAAGCCGCGCGGCAUUCUUGCGAAGUGUGCGGAAAGUGCUUCCACCAGCGUUCGGACCUGAAGCGACAUUCGGCGGUGCACGCAGAGAGCCAGGAAGAAAGGCGUCCUCACGCCUGCUCUCUGUGUCAGAAGACGUUCGUGGACCGCUCAACUCUCAACAGGCACGAAAAGGAACACCAUGCGGCGUCGCGGCCUCAUAUCUGCAUCUCCUGUAAUGCAGCUUUCAAGAGGGCGACUAAGUUAAAAGAGCAUGUUGCCAAAGCGCACGCAUCAGCGGGACUGGAGAUCUCAAAUGUGGAACAUAUUCUCGGCGAAGACUUUGUGGAGCAACCAGACUUUUCAAGCCAGAAGUUCUACGACUGGCUGGCAGCAUUUACGUCGAUAUCCAUCCUCCUACCUGUCCCACUAGAGGCUCAUGUCUUUGGGAGGGUGAGCCAAGUGGCCAAACAACUGGAUGAAGCCCUUGCUGUUCCAUUGGGAAUGGUUGCCACAAAACAUAACUACCAGAUCCUUUUAGGGAUUUCAGAGGACCUUCACCGGGUCACCAAUCGGCACCUGCAUGCUAUCAUGGAAGGCCUGCAGGGCCUCACUACCGAAGGAUCUCAGGCAACAGCUUAGGGCAAACGAGCAUUGUGUGCUGGGUCUGCCAUUAUCACUUGAGGGUUCCAUGUCAGUGGUUAGUUACCGUGUUGCAUGCAGAGGAACGAGUAAGUGAAACAUCCUUAGGGUUCUCCGUUUUCGGGUUAAACCCAAUUUCUCACGAUAGUUCCCCCCCCCGAACAAAUUUGCAAGAAUUCGUGUAAAACCCAAUAUCUACCCGAAAUCCUUGUGGUCCUUCAACUUGUGGUUCUCGGUAAACCGUCGGAAAAGUGAAUCGUAAUAUCAGCAAAGAGAGCCAUUUGUGACAACCUAUUUGUCCUCCGUGUAUGAUCCCCUCCUGCAGGAGUCAAAGACGAGCGGAAUUAUAAAGAUUAUUGUUUCUUGUCCCAGUUCCCCAGUGGCUUGUUUCACUGUUUCACUGGACUGGUUUCACUGGGCUUGUUUCACUGUCCCAGCAGUGCCUUGUUUCAUAUGGCUUUCGUUUCACCCGAAAAUUCCGCGGUGACAUGUCAAACAGAGAUCAUAGCACCCAAUUUCUCCCUGAAUUCUCGUGCGUAAAUAGCACCCGAUUUUUUCCUCCCGAAUUUGAAAAAUCUUAAAACCCGAAAACGAAGAAUCUUAAACAUCCUACGUUAGGAAAUACACUUUUGCACACCUGCCGUUCUGAGCUAUGGUGAGAUGAGAAAGGAAGCUUCGAUCUCCGAAAGCUGCUGCUUUUGGGAGCAGGGCAUUCGCAGUGACAUCAAACAGCAUCAGCUUUGGUAAUUGCAGAUCCGAUUUUCUGUAUGACCAUUUGCAGCCUUUGUGGUUCACAUUGAUGCAAAUAACACUCCUCUCCAUCCAUCCAGUAUAGCUUCGUGCAAACGUCGCAACCCCUUACUGCGAUCAGUAACCCUCUAUAGACAGGUGGGUUAAAAUUUUUGUCUAUUGUACCGACGCUAAACGUGGUUGGAUACUGUUACAUGCGAGAAGUACGAGGCAGAACUUUUUAAAUGUGGUUCUUGUUCAGAACAAUAGAUGACUGGUAUUCUCCGUAUUAAAUUGUAGCAAUGGAUAAUCGUGCCUUAAUCAUUACAAAGUAGUGAUUGAAUAACUGCAUUUGUAAUUUUAUCUUCUAAUACAGGAGUGCUGUGGUCCUUUCUUAUUAAUUUAGCCUACAAUUGUAAUGUACGUGGUUUUCUGCUGUCCUGAAAUAUUGCAAAAUAAAAUUGCACUCUCUA